CCACAAGAACUGAAGCAUGGGUAAUACACUGGAAAGCAUGAGAGAGACUCCUGAUCAGAAUUCCAAAGAGAAAGAAGAAGAGGAUUCAAGAUUUACUUGUGCGAUAUGCAUAGAGCCUGUAUCACAAAACAAGUUAUUCAAGAAUAAGAAGAGAUGUACCCAUCCAUUUUGCUUGGAUUGUAUUGCUAAAUACAUUGAAGUUAAGGUUGAAGAUCACAUAACAGAGAUGAAAUGCCCUGGUUUAAACUGUGAGAAGCUAUUGGACCCUCUUUCUUGCCGUCGGAUCCUUUCUCCACAGGUGUUUGAGAAGUGGUGUGAUGUGCUCUGUAAUUCAGCUGUUCUAAGGUGUGAGAGAGUAUACUGCCCUUUCAGUGAUUGCUCAACAUUGAUCUUGAAUGAAUGCAAGGACAAUGUCAGAAGAACAAUGUGCCCCAACUGCAAGAACUUCUUUUGUUUCAACUGCAAGUGUCCAUGGCAUGCAGGUUUCCAAUGCAAUGAAAAUGGAGAAGUGAGAGACAGGAAUGAUAUCCUCUUUGCCAAGCUUGUUGAGAGAAAGAAUUGGACAAGAUGCCCAACCUGCAAUCAAUGUGUGGAGCUACAUACAGGAUGCCUGGUUGUUAAAUGCAGAUGUGGUACAAGCUUUUGUCAUGGUUGUGGAAGGAAGCAAUCUAACCAUUUAUGUUGGUGCAAGAGAAGUUUGAGCAACAAUCUGCCUACAAUUAUUGUCUGUAUCUUGCUCUUUCUCAUUGUCCUUGUUCCAAUGGUAUUAAUUUUUUCUGGUAUUGCAUAA